AAAAUCGUUUUUGAUUGGCCGAGGAGAAGGCGAAACAGACUGCCACUGUGCCACACCAUCCACCGUUCGCCGGCGCCGGCGCCGGCCGCCGCCAGCCCCGGCCCACCAGCUCUUCCCCACCACCGCACCGCCGCCCCCAAGCCAAACCCCAACGCUGCGUGCGAGAUGAACCGCCUCCGCCGUCGCCGCGGCACCUCAGUGGCGCCGCCGGUGACCCUGCCGGACGACGACGACCUCCUCUCGGAGAUCCUCCUCCGCCUCCCGCCGCGUCCCUCCUCGCUCCCCCGCGCCUCCCUCGUCUGCAAGCGCUGGCGCCGCCUCGUCACCGACCCCGCCUUCCACCGCCGCUUCCGCGCCCGCCACCGGAAUCCACCCCUCAUCGGCGUCUUCGAGGACUACCUCGGAUACCCCUUCUUCCGGUCCGUUCUGGAUCCGCCGGAUCUCAUCCCACGGGAGCGCUUCAGGUUGCGGCUCGCCGAGGACGAGGGCGGCCAGUGGCGCUUCUACGGCUGCCGCCAUGGCCGCGUCCUCCUCUUCAACCGGGCCAAGAAUGAGAUCCUUGUGUGGGUCCCCGACACCGGCGACCACCGCCGGGUGGCCGUUCCGCCGGAGAUUGACGGCAAGGAGAAGAUCAUUUGGAAUGGGGCAGUGCUGUCUGCUGCCAAUGCCGACGACGGGUUCAGCUCUUGCCCCUUCAAGGUGGUGUUGGUAGGCGUCGCCGGCAACAACACACAGAUGUUCGCCUGCGUUUACUGCUCGGAGUCCGGCAAAUGGAGUGAUCUCAUCUCAGUAGCUGCUCCCUUCUUGGUGUUUUUCUUUCGUGAUCCUGGCAUACUUGUUGGCCAUGCCCUGUAUUGGAUGGCUUCUGGUGAUCAUGGGAGUACCAUUCUUCAGUUUGAUUUGGAUGAUCAAACCCCCGCCGUGAUUGAGUGGCCCUCCGAUUCCGAUCCAAAUUGCUACACUCAGACCUGGCUGACAGAAGGUGAUUGUCUUCGCGUCGCCACUUUCUCUCGCGGAAGCCUUCAAAUGUGGGAGAGGAAAGUCUGUUCUGAAGGUGUUGCCAAGUGGGUGCUGCAGAAGACGUAUGAGCUGAAGAAUGUUCUUAACCCGGAGAUUAGGUUGAAUGUAGAGUAUGUAACAAAGCUGGGGUAUGCUCAGGAUAUAAAGGUGAUGUUUGUAUGGGCUGCUCACAGUGUCUUCAUGCUCCAACUUGAUUCGUUGCAGGCCAAGAAAGUUUGGGAAAGUUGUGUCAUCGCCCCAAUUCAUCCCUACGCAAGUACUUAUGUUGCAGGUAUCUAGACUUUGACUCUUAUUGGUAAGGCGCAGAGAUGGAUUGCUGGUGCAUGAUCUUCCAUUUUGUAUGUGGUGGUGGUGGCUGUGUGGCCUAUGAAGAUAUGUGCCAAUGGCCCAAUGUAGAAACUGGAAGCUGACCCUCUAUUUAUUUAGUCCACUUGUCAAUUGUGAAGUUGACUCGUAGGAAUUAUGUACUCAAGGUUUCCUGGUAUAAGACAUAACGACUGAUGCCCUGACUUGCUUUCUACUAAAGUGAACUGAACAUUAGGCUAAGCAUUACCAGGCCAUGCACAAUAUUUUUCAUUUCAGUAGCAUUUUAUGUGUUCAGAAUUGGCACCAACAAAAUUAUGGUUUGAUUUGCUAUGCCCACAGCAUAACUAUAAUUCAUUUA